AUGUCAUUACAUGAUUAUUUAUCAAAAACGUAUGGUUCUUCCUCCAAUAAGAAGUCUAAGAAUAAAGAUAGAAAGCAUGCAAAGGAAAAUAAAAAGAUACGAUCCACAAACACAACUAUAACGGAAUACAUACAUCAGGAUAUUAAGGAUGUACCGAGUAAAUUGGCAGAAGAAAACGAUGCAAAUUCUGGUAGGAACUUAUGGAAAAAUCCUUCUACAAACGAAAUAGUCGAUGAGGUUCAGAGACCCAGCAUAAAAACUAACGAAUUUCAGGAUAUUUCAUCAUCAUCUUCAGUGGUAACCACUGCAAAGAUGAAAGCAAAUUUAGAUGAAAGGAAUACCAUUCAUAGAGAUGAAAAGGGACAUCGUUUAACGGACGAAAAGUUGACUCAAAGACUUGCAGAUAAUGAUUUGAGAGAGACAAUUAGAGUGAACAAGUUAAAUACUUUAAAUAACGGUGAGUUGCAAGAAUAUAUGAGCAAAAAUCAAUUAACAUACGCAUCUUUGAAUAGUCGAAAAAGACAAUCUGAUGUUAAUGAUGACUUUGCAGACCCAGCUUCUGCAUUUAAGACUGAUGAUGAAACAAUAAGUUCUAAUAAUCUAUCAUUUCUAGGUAGGCGACAAUACGAUAAGGUAUCAUCUGAAAACAGAUUUGGUAUUUUACCUGGUGCUAGAUGGGAUGGUGUUGAUAGAUCAACUGGAUUUGAGGCAAAGUGGUUUAAGAGAAAAGCUGAAAUUGAACAACAAAAAAUAGAGAAGUUCACUGUGCAAGAGGAUUAUUAA